AUGAAUAUCUCUCAAAUAACUACUUCCCUUCUCCUCCUUCACAUUAUUGUUCUCUUCACUUUUUUCCCUUCCAAAUCAUCAUCCUCACAAACAACUGAACUAGAUGCCCUUCUGAAAUGGAAAAACUCCUUAAAACCAUCCUAUUCUCUAAACUCAUGGUCUAAUCACACAACUCCAUGCAGAUGGCAUGGCAUUAAAUGCAACAAAAAUAGCUCGAUUACUGAAAUCGAUCUACCAAGUGCAGGUCUCACCGGAAACCUUGACCAAUUCAAUCUCUCUUUAAUCCCAUAUCUCCAUGAUCUCUACUUGUACAAUAACAGCCUCUCCGGAAAAAUUCCCAAAUCCUUAUUCACUCCAACAUCUAAGCUCGCAUAUCUUAACCUCAGCUCAAAUUCAUUCUACGGUACCUUGUCUCAUAUUUUCACUUCUUCUACAUGCCAGUCACCUAAUCUACAAUAUCUCGAUCUAUGUAACAAUUGUCUUAAUGGGGCAAUACCGUAUUCCUUACCCUAUGCACUCAAUAAUCUACUAUGGUUAGAACUUGGUUCGAACUCUUUCAAUUCAAAUAUUCCUCCCACUUUCGGCAAAUUUAGUAAGUUGUCUUACUUAGGUCUUUCGAAUAAUCACUUCUCGGACACAAUCCCCUCAGAGUUAGGUAACAUACUUAGCUUGACGAGCUUAGACCUUAACACCAAUCAGUUGUCGGGCACAAUCCCCUUGAAAAUCGUAAACCUCACCAAACUCGAAUAUCUUCAACUUUUCUCCAAUCACAUCAAAGGAAAAAUACCCGACGAGAUCGGGAAUCUGAGGCUAGCUGACGUCAGCUUAUCGGACAACAACUUUUCGGGCCGACUGCCGAGAAAACUGUGCCAAGGUUUGGCAUUACAAGUAAUCACAACAGACUUCAACAGCUUUUCGGGCCAUUGCCAGACUGCAGAGGCGGAUGGUAUGGGGAAGUCAUCAAGAAUUGAUUCAUUUUUCAAAAGAAAGCAUGAUCAUGUUGCUGAGGCUGAGGAAAAUAAUAGAGGACCACCAACUGUUGAGAAAGUUGAUGGUCAUAUUAAAAAAUCUCUUAAAAUCGGGCUGGUGGUAUUUGAUAUUAACAAGCUUGAACGUGACCCAGGAUUACGUAUACCAAUAUCAGAUUAUCUCGUUGAUAAAAUUGAUGAAGUUCGACGGGCUUAUAUUAAUUAUGGCCCUUAUCAAUACAUUGGAGAAUAUCCGUCGAGCGGGUCUAGAAAAUAUUCUCGUCGUUUUCAAGCAUCGUGGUUCAAGAUAUUUCCCUCUUGGUUAGAAUACUCUCCUACGAGUGAUGCUGCAUUUUGUUUACCUUGUUAUUUGUUCAACAAACCAAUCCGGUAUCUUGCGAGUCAGGGUUUGGCUUUCAGAGGUCAUGAUGAAAGUAGAGAGUCUCUUAACCGUGGUAAUUUUCUUGAAUUUUUGAGUGCUAUGUCUAAACUUAAUGAAAAUGUUUCAAAUGUUGUAUUAGACAAAGUACCUCAAAAUGCAUCGUAUACAUCCCCGUAUGUUCGGAAGGACAUUUUACUUGUUAUGUCAAUGAGGAUCAAGAAAGUGAUUCGUGAGGAAAUUGGAGACGCUAAGUUUUGCAUUAUUGUUGAUGAGGCCAGAGAUGAAUCAAAAAGGGAGCAAAUGGGUAUCGUUUUGAGAUUUGUUGAUAUUGAUGGUUUUGUUCGAGAGCGCUUCUUUGAUCUCGUUCAUGUGUCUGAUGCGAAGGCGGUAACUUUAAAAGAUGCAAUAUUUUCUACUCUUUCUCGUCACAAUCUUGACAUUCAAAAUAUUCGGGGUCAAGGAUAUGAUGGGGCGAGUAAUAUGAGAGGUGAAUUCAAUGGGCUACAAGCAUUAAUUUCUAAAGAAUGCCCAUUUGCAUAUUAUGUGCAUUGUUUAGGUCAUCGCUUGCAAUUGGCGUUAGUUGGCACAUCUCGAGAAGUUAUCCCCGUCCACCACUUUAUUACAAAAUUAAAUCUCAUUAUUAAUGUGGUGGGUUCUUCCUGUAAACGCGUCGAUGAAUUGAAAGCGGCUCAAGCUUCUGAUAUUGCUUACUUGAUUUCUAUUGAUGAGCUAGAAAAAGGGACUGGAAAAAAUCAAGUCGGGAGUUUACAACGAGCAGGGGAUACGCGUUGGGGUUCACAUUUGAGGUCGAUUUCUAGCUUGUUAAAGAUGUUUAGUGCUGCUUGCUCGGUUUUGUUAUGCAUAAGUGAUGAGGGAAAUUGCGAUCAACGAGCUGAAGCUGAUUCAACUUACACUUCUUUAACUUCAUUCGAGUUCAUCUUCAUCUUACAUCUUAUGAAGGAAAUCAUGGGAAUAACGGAUACGCUUUGUCAAGCUCUACAACGAAAAUCUCAAGAUAUUCUUAAUGCUAUGCAUCUUGUUGGGACGACAAAGAGUCUUAUCCAAAAGAUGAGAGAUGGUGGAUAUAACAGUCUCUUAGCCAAGGUAAAGUCUUUUUGUGAAAGUCGUGCAAUAGAUAUGCCUGAUAUUAAUGCUUUAUAUGUUGAAAGAGGAAGACGAUCUCGGAACAAGCAAAAUCUAUUUACAGUCGGGGAUCAUUACCGUAUUAAUAUUUUUACGGUUAUAAUAGAUUGUCAAUUGCAAGAGCUAAACAACAUGUUUAGUGAGCAUGCUGUGAGGCUACUUGUUCUUAGCUCUAUGUUCGACCCCGCAAUUCUCGACUGCAUCAAGCUUUGUAAGAACCUUAAGAGGGUACGCCUCGAAGUGAAUAUGUUCUCCGGAGAUAUUAAAGACUCAUUCGGUAACCACACGAAGCUCAAAUUCUUAAGCCUUAGUAAAAAUCAAUUCAGGGGCACGAUCCCGCGCAAGUGGGGCCAGUUAUUAAAAAGCAUCACGAAAAUCCAUAUGAGUGACAACAGGCUCUCGGGCCCAAUUCCAGGCGAGCUAUUUAGUCUCGUACUUGUAAACAACCUUUUGAACGGAGAAAUUCCUGGGGCCGUGGGGCAGUUGGGAAGGCUUCAGUUUGUUGACCUCCCGCGAAAUAAUUUCAACGGCGAAAUUCCAAAGGAAAUCGGGAAUUUGAAGAGCUUGCUAAGCUUGAUUUUGAGGGGUAAAGCUUCGUCGGGGGAAAUUCCGAAGGAGAUUGGGGAUUUGAAAAGCUUGCAUUAUUUGAUGGACCUCAGCCAGAAUUUCCUUUCAGGGGCAAUUCAAUUCCGUCAUCAUUUGACGUGUAAUAAUUUGGGUAAUGCAACACAAAUAUAUAUUAAACUACUAUAA